AUGACUCCUUACGAAUUUGAGUCAGCGAAGAGACAAGAUUCUGAAAAUUUCCUGGAACGUAUAUUCGCUUAUUGCGAUGAACAAGUUUUUAAGGGGGAGGAAAGAAAGGUGGCGUUCGAACUUGCAAUGAAAUGUGAAGCGAAAACGUGGGUUCAGUCUCACUUAGGAAAAAGUUUUGAGAUGAUUGUGGAAGCAUUCAAAAUGAGGUUCGUACUGUUGGAUAUGAUAAUCCGAAACACAAUUAAACAUACGUUUCACAUUAAGGAUAUAAGAAACGUAUCAUAA